GCCACGCCCCUUCCUGCCCCUCCCCCUAGCAACGCGGUGGCUUGUAUUGGCAACCGCGGGCUCCACUCGGCGGCUGGUGCAGCUGCUGCGGCAUCGGCGGUGCCUGCGGCGGAGGCGGCCGGCCCAUGGAGCAACCCCAGCUACCCCUACGGCCGCGGUCCGGCCCCCGCCCCCCGGGGGCGCUGUGACCUCGGCCAUGCUGCAUCCCCACGCGCAGAGACUCAGCGCCUCUGCCCAGGGCAAGAAGGAGUGGAAGUCCCAGGGCAGCGGCAGGAAGAGCCGACCCCGCCUGGCCUCCAGCCUGGCCGUGACCUCGCCGGACGACCCCCUGGCCGCCCUGAGCCCCGAGGCCGCCGGCGGCAAGCCCAAGUCCGGCAGCAGCCCCCGCCACAUCCCCGUGGUCAGGCUCAAGGUGGUCACCGACAUGGACUUGGGCUUGGCCCAGGGUGUGCAGUUCAAGACCAUGGAUCUGAACAGCAUCAUCGGACUCCUUGAAAAACAACCCAAAGAUGAUUUAGAAGAAAGGCAACUCCAGUCUAUUAAGAUGAUGGUGCAGUGUUAUCAGAAUGGAUUUCCUCUCAGGGAUUUGGCACAAAUAUUCAAAAUCAUGAGUCUGUGUUCAGAAAAGAUUGAAAAACAGCCCGUUUUUCUGGAGAUUGUCUGUGAAAUUCUGAAACUGUGCCGCUUGCCAUUUCUGAAAAAGAAAACUUCAGAUGAAAUCACUUACGCAAAAGAAAUCUCAGAGGCAGUUUCACAUCUAGGUGACUUGAUAAAGAUACCAAAUUCUGAAUUGAGGAUACAACUUUGUAAGUGUAUUGUUGACUUUUACCAUGCAGAACCACUGAAAAAGCAAAUUGCAGGUUAUCAGCAAGUUUCUUCAACUUACAAGAUUCAGAUGAUUGAGUCAGGAGGGUUGGCAGAAAUUUUAGUCCUUUCGUGGGAUCUCCUUCAAGCUGAACUUAUUGAAAAAUUAUGGUUACUUAAAACUUUGCAGCAUCUCUCUACUUCUGAAAUUAAUUGUAAUUUAAUGAUAAAAGCCCUAGCAGCCAACAAAAUCUGCUCCUGCCUAAAUAACCCAGAUCCUUCUGGACAGCUUCUGUUCCGUUCAUCAGAAAUCCUGUGGAAUUUAUUAGAAAAAUCUUCAAAAGAGGAAAUCAUCAAACAGCUCAGCCACUUGGAAUGUUUACUGGCUCUGAAGGAAGUAUUUAAGAAUCUGUUCACUAAAGGUUAUCGUCAUUAUGAUCGGCAGCUUAGGAAUGACAUCUUAGUAAUCACCACAAUUAUAGCUCAAAACCCGGGAGCACCAAUGAUUGAAAGUGGAUUUACCCGAGUUCUGAUACUUUUUGCAACAUUUAACGAAGUUAAAAGUCAAGAUCCUUUGGUAAAAGGACUUAAACUUUCUAAUAGCUAUGAAGAUUUUGAGCUGAAGAAAUUGCUGUUUAAUAUCAUUGUGGUUUUGUGUAGAGAUUUGCCAACUGUACAGUUAUUAAUUGAAGGUAAAACAGUGGAAGCUUUGUUUUCCUAUGUUAAGAAAACUGAAAGACACAAAGUAAUUGAAUGGUCGGCUGCUCAGCAUGAAGAAUUACAGCUCCACGCAAUUGCAACCUUAGCAUCAGUGGCCCCUUUGCUGAUAGAUGAUUACCUGGCUUGCAAUGGAAAUUCUCGAAUUCUGAUGUUUUUAGAAUGGUGUGUAAAUGAAGAAACCUUCUUUAGUCAAGGCAACAGUUUCCAUGGCACGGGUGGCCGUGGCAACAAAUUUGCGCAGAUGCGGUACACCGUGAGGCUUUUGAGAGCUAUGGUAUCCCUUGGUAACGAUGUUGUAAACCAGGAUCUCUGUGACCAUGGAGCUAUUAAUCAAUUGAUAGGAAUCUUAAAAACCACAGUAAUUAAGCUUAAGGAAGAGGCCAUUGUUUUGGAAAUUAAAUCAGAUAUAUUACUUAUCUUGUCUGGUGUUUGCGAAAAUAAUAAUCAAAGGAAGGAAUUGUUUGGAAAUGAAGGAGUGGAUAUGAUUCUUCAUCUAAUGAAAAUUGACCCUAAAAAGUUUCAGAGUGGAUUAGGUUAUAAACGACUUCUUUUCAGUACAUUGGACAGCUUGUGGUGCUGUAUUUUGGGAUGUUAUUCCUUAGAAGACUAUUUUCUUGAAAAAGAUGGUAUUUUCCUACUUUUGGAUCUGUUAGCUUUAAACCAAAAAAACUUCUGUAAUCUAAUUCUUGGAAUAAUGGUUGAAUUCUGUGACAAUCCCAAAACUUCUGUUCAUGUCAAUACUUGGCGAGGAAAGAAAGACCAGACAGCUGCAAAUCUCUUAAUUAAGUUGUGGAGAGAAGAAGAAAAAGACUUAGGAGUAAAACGUGAUAAAGAUGGGAAAAUAAUUGAUGCCAAGAAACCUCUAAUUACUACUUUUCAAGAAGAACAAAAAAUCAUCCCAGCGCCUCCCUCCUGUCCAACUACUUCAAUCAUGGAGGUUUCUGAAAAUAUCAGAGCAAAAAUUUAUGCUGUAUUAGGCAAACUAGAUUUUGAAAAUCUACCAGGCUUGUCGGCUGAAGAUUUUGUCACCCUCUGUGUCAUACAUAGAUAUCUUGAUUUUAAAACUGGAGAAAUAUGGAAUGAAAUAAAUGAAGAACUAAAAGUUGAACGAUUCAGACCCAUCAGUACCGAUAAAGAAAUACUGGACUCUAUUACAGUAGCUUCAGAAAACAUUGGGAAAAUGGUGGCUACACUGCAGAAUGAAAUGGUGGAGAGCCAACGAAGCCAAGACAUUCAGAGUGAACAGAAAGCAUAUACAAAGCUACGUGCCACUCAUAGGCAAAAAGAUAUGGCUAAUAAAUCUUGGGCAAAAUUCUUGAGUAGAACAUCAAAUGCUAAAGCUUUAAAGAAAGCAAAGAAGCUUCAGGAAAAAGCUAUUGAGUCUUCCAGACCCAAAGAAUAUCCACAGAAUGCCAUAAUUCAUCCAACGGAUAUCAAAGGCCUGAAUAUAACAGAAAGCAGUGAUGGGAAAGUCUUUUCAACAAAGCUAGAACAAAAAACAGAUGGGCGAAGUACUCUAAAGAAGGCCUUUAAAGACCCACCUCCUCAGCAGGAUAUUUCUAUGAAACAUGUCAACCAGGAAAGCUUGACACGGAAUGUCCUCACGGAUACAUUGGAAGCUCAGACCAAAAAACUAAAAAAAAAGACAACAAAAGAUAAUCAAAUCACAACAAAAAAUACUAAAAGUACUUGACACCAUCACCACUAAAGCAAACAGUUCGGUCACAAUUAGAAACAAAAUUCACCACUUAGGAAUGGAUGGACAAAGUAAAACGCAGCACUCUGUCUGCGUGUAUGUUUAGGAUAUAUGGGUGUAUGCAUACAUUCAUUUCUACAGAGAAAGUUCUGUAUAAGAAGACUCACAACACUGCUGCAAGAAAAAUCUUCUGUAGUCUAAGAUACCUAGCAGGAAGGGGUUUCAUGGAAACAAAACUCUAGGAACAGUAGCUUGGAUUUAAUCCCAGGAGAGCUUUUGUCUUCCAGUUUUUCCCACAUCAGCAGUUACCCCCAACACUUCAAAGGCCUGUGGUUUCCUUAUUGUGGGUUCUCUUCCACCGACAUAGAUUCGAAUGCUUCUGUAAUUUGAAACAACUCUUCAAGAGUCGCUGUGGCCAAAACAUUCACCAUCUUACAGCCAGCCUGAGAACAGACGGGCGCAUCCCUGGGCCUCCCUCCCAGCCGUUCCCGCUUGAGAGGCCCCACCGAAGAAUAAAUGCCCGACGGGCCCUUGGGGACUCAUAAAAGGCACCUGAAAACUCGUGGAAACACAAAAUAUGUGGCCUUCUUCAGUUGUUUUAAUCCCAGUCUUACUCUGCCCUAGGCCACCACAAUUUGGGCCAGGGCUUCCCGUCCCACUUUGUCCUAAAAUGCCAAUUGUUUAGUCUCUGCCAGACUCAGCCCCCUGUCUCCCAUUCUGUCUCCUUUAGCAUAAAUAGUUUCAAGGCCCGGGCGGGACCUUUUGCCUCUGCAGCUUUGAGCUCUCCUCCUUAGGAUCUGCGCAGGGAGUUCCUUGCCACUUGUCAUUUUUAUGCUACAAGUCUCUGAGGCUACAUUCCCCAACAUCCCUCUUCUGCUGAGCGUCCCUCUAAGCCCAUGGUCAGAAGCAUUGGAAGGGAAAAAUGCUUUUGCUUCAUCUUUUAAUGGGCCUAAGGUUAUUUAAUUACAAGGGGUUCAGAUUUCAAUCCAUUCUCGACUUCUUAUCCGUCUCCUUUAUAAUACAACCGAAUGUAUUAGGAGUCGUAUCUUGGCCUUUUAAUGUUACCUGAGUACAAAUGCAGCUCACAAGCCCUCCAUAUUUUAUCCUUGACUUAUUACAUGAGAGGCUCACCUCGUUUUCUGAUCAUACAUCUCAUAUAAUAUCUUUUAAAACAUUUGUGGAUAAUUCAUUGUUGGCAGUAAUCUGCAGCCUCUUUAUACUGCCGUACAUCUCUCUAUUGCCUUUUGUUCAACCUGAAAUUUUGCUUCUUUGGAAAACUGCAGCAUUCUGUGAUUGACAGACAGAGAACAGGAACCCCAGGAGAUUUUGCUGUUAUUGUUCUAGUCCUGUGAGUCAGUGUAGGAAGUAAAUUCCACUUAGCAACACAGAUCAGCAAUUUUUCUCUAAAUUAUAGUCUUGCAAAAUUACCUUAAGUAGAAGAAUUUGGGGUUUUGUUUUAGGAAAAAGCUCAGGCUCAUUAAAACAACUGUGCAGUUUUUCCCAAGUCAAGUUCAUUUACUUCUUUCUUCUAUUCAGUAUGAACUCCUGUUCACCAUCUGUCUGCAGUAUCUGUCCAUGAUAUGUGUGCUGACGAACCAGCUCUGUGAACUGCCUGUCUAUCUAACUAUUGUCUGGACAAUAGGCAUUCCUCAUCUACUUGGUAUUUUCUCCCUAGAUUAUUAGAUCAAACUCCUAGGAAUGGCAGUAAAUCUUAUUUACGUACAGUAGCAUUGCAGACAUGAACAUAUGGAAUCCUUCUGUUUAUAUUCAGAACCAAACAUCCUCCAUGAUAGAAGCAAGCACAUUGGUGAGCAUGUAACUCCUUUUUGUGUGUAUUGCUUCAUGAAUUAAGAGUAUUGUGGGGAGCCAGGGUGGCAGGGAAUGGACAGGACUUUGCCUGGCUUCCCUCAGAAUCAAUACCAGAGAAUUAUGAAUCACAUUCAUCUCUUAUAUCUAUCAAGGAACCUGUUCCAUCUUAACCUAUACAUGUAAAACGUUCAUGUUUGGUAUGGGAAGGUCUCUGUGGCUAGCUAUGUUUUGCUCUAAUGUAUCAUAAGAUUUUUUUUAAUAAUCAGCAAACCAUUAUAUUUUCUAGCAAUUUACUAUGAAGGUAUAGUCUGUUAAAGAAAAUUACUUGCAAAAUCCUAUCUUCUCAUUUUUCAUCAAGGAUGGUAUUUGUGUAACAAUCCUUUUAAACAGAUUGAAGAAAUGAAAAAUAGGAAUAGACGUCAGGAAUUGUGAUUCUCUUGAUUGUAGUAAUAUUUGAGAAAAUACACGUGCAAAAGUUACUAGUAGUAA